CUCGAUCACACGUCAGUGUAGUGCGUAUCGAAAUCAGAGGCUCUAAACCGCAAUACCUUAUCCAAAAAAAUCCAUACCUCAUAAACAACCAAUCUAACCCACCAUUUUCUUAUCAUCUCACCAUCUUCUUCUCUCUUUCAUCAUUUCACAACUCACUGCUUCCUUACACAUGGCAGCCCAUGCGUCUCUCUUCACCACAACUCUCUCCGCCGCCACCGAUCGCGUUGCGGCUCCUUGGAAGCAGUCUCUUUUCUCCUUCUCCCUCCCAUCACCAGCUCUGACCAAGUCCGGGACCCUGUGCCGCCCCAUCCGAUCCAUGGCGGAUGGAAAAACAAAGGCGCCGGCCAAGGAGGCGCCGACCAAGGAGGCGCCGGUAGGUUUUACUCCUCCGGCUCUCGACCCGAACACCCUGUCCCCGAUCUUCGGAGGCAGCACCGGCGGCCUCCUCCGCAAGGCUCAGGUUGAGGAGUUCUACGUCAUCACCUGGAGCUCCCCCAAAGAACAGGUGUUUGAGAUGCCGACCGGCGGUGCCGCGACCAUGAGGGAAGGCCCGAAUCUGCUGAAAUUAGCCAGGAAGGAGCAGUGCCUGGCUCUAGGUACUCGAUUGAGAUCCAAGUACAAGAUCAAUUACCAAAUUUAUAGGCUUUUCCCCAACGGGGAGGUCCAGUACUUGCAUCCGAAGGACGGAGUUUACCCGGAGAAGGUUAAUCCCGGCCGCCAAGGAGUGGGGCAAAACAUGAGGUCGAUCGGUAAGAAUGUCAGUCCUAUUGAGGUCAAGUUCACCGGAAAACAGGUUUAUGAAUUGUGAUUUCUGUUUUCCCGGCCGAAAAUGCCACCCACUGGUUGGGAAUGUGAGGGUAUGUAGUGAUCGGUACGUUCACCGUAAUUCUCUGUUCAGUUGGAAACGGAAGUGUAUUGAUUUUAUACUACUUAUAAGAAUGCAUACCUCAUCUUUUUUUUUCUAGUAUUUUUUAUCCUUAUAUAUAUAUAUAUAUAUGCAUUAUUUGCAGCCUUUUUAUUUUAUCAUUUUUAUAUAUAUUCAUCUUUUUUAUAUUAUCUUUUCAUAAUAGCUUAUCUUUUUAUCUUUAUUCCUUCUUUUCUUUUUGGUCGUGAUAUCAUGUAUUAGUCUAGCCCAAUAUCUUUUGGUAUUAAGGCUUGGAUGUUGUUGUAUAAGAAUUCAUACCUAAUUUAUGUGUCUCAGCC